UCCAGUGUCCUGCCACAGCCCUGGGUGACCAAAGUCUGAUCCGCAGAUGGGAGAACGCAGGCUGCUUUUGGGAUUAGGAGCAACUGAGCCCUGCCCCAGCGCUGCUCUGAAAGUGUGAACACUCAUGAGAGUUAUGUAGCGUCGUCACACGCAGCUUCAGCGUUCGUCAGGGCGAUUCGUGGGGGGUUUCGACAUCGGCCUGCUCCCCUCUCUGGCCGUGCUGCGCUGGGAUGCGAAAAUCUCGUACAUGGCACCUCCGUGGACCUCAACGGUGGCCACAGCACACUCUCAGCCUGGCACAGAUAAUCGACCCACCUGAGCACAGCAGAGGAAGUGGAGGAGCUCACUGUCACAACAGCCCCUUCACUCCAGAGGGGAGGAACAGUCUAUUUUGUCCCAGGAAGUCCGACACAGUCUGGUCCCCUUUGUCUCUCUGCCCUUUCUCCAUUUCUCCUUGUCCCCUGAUGGGCGCCACAGUAACCAGCAUCACCAGAGUAGUACCAUCAUUGCUAUCGUCAAACCCCUAACAACCGCUGCCACUAUGGAGAUGAAACAGCCAAUGGUGAGUGUGAGAGAGACUGAGGGAGAAAAGGACAGAGAAGUGUCACAAGAGAAUAGCCGGCUUGUAGUGGGCGGUAUAUUGGCCGAUGGCAUAGAAGAGAGGGGACAGAAAGUGAGUUGUGCAUCGGGGCAAGUCUCGAACGGUUACCCAGCUACUUCGCCCCAGAGUCCUGGGGAGGGUGGGGUUGGUGGUGGAGUUCCCAUGACACUGGUGGUCCAGCAGACAAGUCUGGAGCAGCCCAGGGAGACUUGGAGUAAGAAGAUGGACUUCCUGCUGUCUGUGAUUGGAUACGCUGUGGACCUGGGCAAUGUGUGGCGCUUUCCCUACAUCUGCUACCAGAAUGGAGGAGGUGCAUUUCUCUUGCCCUACCUGUUGAUGGCAGUGUUUGGUGGGGUGCCACUAUUCUACAUGGAGUUGGCUCUGGGGCAAUACCAUCGCAAUGGCUGCAUUUCCAUCUGGUCGCACAUUUGCCCCAUCUUUAAAGGCAUUGGCUUUGCCAUUUGCAUCAUAGCUCUGUACAUUGCCUUCUACUACAACACUAUCAUGGCCUGGGCAUUGUACUACCUCCUGUCCUCCUUCGAACCCAUGUUGCCCUGGACCACCUGCCACAACAGCUGGAACACAGUCAACUGCACCCGCUACAUGUCCACUGACCUCAACGUGUCCUGGACUAACACUUCCAUCUCACCCGCAGAGGAGUUCUACACACGACAGGUACUGCAGGUGCACUUAUCUCCAGGGCUGCACCAGCUGGGGGCCGUCAGCUGGCAGCUGGCCCUGUGCCUGCUCUUCAUUUUCACCGUGGUCUACUUCAGCAUCUGGAAAGGAGUCAAGACAUCUGGCAAGGUGGUGUGGGUGACAGCUACCUUUCCCUACCUGGUCCUUCUGGUGCUGCUGGUUCGAGGUGCCACUUUACCUGGUGCCUGGAGGGGUGUGGUCUUCUAUUUGAAGCCGGAUUGGAAAAAACUACUCAGCACCACGGUAUGGAUCGAUGCAGCCGCACAGAUCUUCUUCUCUCUGGGGCCUGGCUUUGGUGUGCUCCUGGCCUUUGCGAGUUACAACCCUUUCCACAACAACUGCUACAAGGAUGCUUUGUUGACCAGCUCUGUUAACUGCCUGACCAGUUUCCUGUCUGGGUUCGUGAUCUUCACAGUGCUGGGCUACAUGGCAGAAAUGCGUCAGCUAGGUGUGGAGGCAGUGGCUAAAGAUGCAGGCCCAAGUCUGCUGUUCAUCAUCUAUGCUGAAGCCAUUGCCAACAUGCCUGCUGCUACCUUUUUUGCCAUCAUCUUCUUCCUCAUGAUCAUCAUGCUUGGGCUGGACAGCACGUUUGCAGGUCUGGAGGGGGUGAUCACUGCUAUGCUGGAUGAGUUCCCCCAUGUCUUGGCAAAGAGGAGGGAGUGGUUUGUUCUGGGGCUUGUGUGUGUCUGCUACCUUGGAGCCCUCUCCACCCUGACAUAUGGAGGUGCUUUUGUUGUGAAAUUGUUCGAAGAGUAUGCCACUGGCCCUGCUGUCAUCACUGUGGUCUUUCUGGAGGUCAUCGCAGUCUCCUGGUUCUACGGCACGUCUCGUUUUUGCAAUGACGUACAGAUGAUGCUGGGUUUCUCUCCGGGCUGGUUCUGGAGGGUGUGCUGGGUAGCCAUCUGCCCCUGCUUCCUGCUGUUCAUCAUCAUCAGUUUCCUGGCUUUCCCUCCGGAGGUAAAACUGUUUGACUACCUCUAUCCAUCCUGGACUACCGUGCUCGGCUACUGCAUCGGAGUGUCGUCCUUCAUCUGCGUCCCCUCCUACAUGGUCUACUACCUGCUCUCAACACCAGGGACCUUCAAACAGCGUCUGUUAAAGAGCAUCACACCAGAAGCUGGGGGCAGUACGGGACCGCACAGAGGCAUCAUAACCAAUGCUGUCUGACCACGAAGAGGUGGCCUUCCACUGGACAUGUAGCAGAUCUCCACCAAGGGGGAAAUCCCCGCUGCCCCCUUCUAGAUUUCUGAACUGCUCAGAGGUCUCUCCCCGUCCUUCUGCACUGAGGCACACUAAAUCCAAGUCUAAAUCCUAUCCAUUGUGUGGGGAUGGAGUCAGGGUCACAGAUCGCAGCCAUUCUGAAUUAUGAUUUUGUAUUACACUUAACAUUAAUUCUGUUUUCUUAACCUGAGCAAGACUAAUCAGACAACAAAAUCAUUUGCCCUGUGAGAGGUGAAUUAGGAAUUUUGAAAAACAAUGCAUACGUAAAACCCAA